GAAUCACUAUAUAGGUAUUUGGUACAAGUUCUCAGUUCAGACUGUUGUUGGGUUGCGAACAGAGAUGCACCUAUUACUGAUCCAUCUUCUUCAAUGUUAACACUUUUAGAUGGGAACUUAGUUUUACUUAAUAAUUUAAGUAGAACACCAGUUUGGUCUACUAGUUUAGCUUCAAAUACUCUGAAUACAACUGAAGUAGUUCUCGGUGAUGACGGAAAUCUUGUUUUAAGAGAUGAGUCUGAUCCAUCGGUUGUCAUUUGGCAGAGUUUUGAUUAUCCAACUGAUACCUUGUUACCUGGUGGAAAAAUUGGGUUCAGUAAAAUAACCAACCAAAGUCAGAAACUUACUUCAUGGAGAAGUCGAGAAGAUCCAUCCUCGGGCGUUUACAACCAAGAACUAGGACCCAAUAGAGAACUUCAGCUCGUUAUAUAUUGGAACAAGUCCGAAGAAUUCUGGAAAACUGGGGAGUGGAAUGAAACUUCAAAAACUUUCGUUUCACUUCCUGAGAUGAGACUAAAUUUUGAAUUCAAUUUUAGUGUUGUUUCAAAUGUUAACGGGAGUUACUAUACUUAUUCACUUUAUAACAAAUCUACUAUUCAUAGAUUUGUUAUGGAUAUUUCUGGCCAAAUCAAGUCAUUUAAAUGGUCAGAAAGCAAGCGUUUGUGGGAUGUCUUGUAUGUUCAACCCAGACGGUUGUGUGAGGUUUAUAGUGCUUGUGGACCUUUUGGCAACUGUAACCCGGAUACUUGGAAGUGUGAGUGUUUGCCGGGUUCCGUCCCACGUUUUCUUACAGAUUGGAAUCUCCGGGAUUCAACUGGCGGGUGUGUCAGGAGAACUCCUUUGCAGUGUGAAAGUAAAGAUGGUUUUUUAACAAUCCCGACCUCUAAAUUGCCUGAUAAACCCCGAAUUUCACCU